AUGAAUAGCAGCAGUCCUGUAGACUCAUCAGCAAAAAGUUUUGAUGGGUUUACUCUCACUUUUGGAAUAUCCAUUGGUGUUCUUUCAGUAAUAGCAAUCGCCAUUGUUGUUUACUUUCUCUGCACUCGAAAACCGAUGCCUUCACACCAUGAUGGCUCCUCGUCUGACGAAGACUCUGUCACUAUUGCAAUAGGUUUGGAUGAAGCCACUCUCGAUAACUAUCCGAAGUUGCUUUAUUCUGAAGCAAAAGGAAAGCUUGAAAAAGGAGAUGAUUCUAUAGCUUCUUGUUGCUCAAUUUGCUUGGCAAACUAUAAAGAUAGUGACUUGCUGCGGCUGUUGCCUGAGUGUCAUCACCUUUUCCAUCCACAGUGCAUUGAUCCAUGGCUCAAGCUGCAUGCUAAUUGUCCACUAUGUCGAACCUCGCCUGUCCGUUCGCUGAGUAAUGUCAACGAAACAGCUUCUGGGCCACCCCGGCAAGUGUUCUACGAUACAUGUGAAUUUGACAGAAUUGACAAAUGGACCUUAACACUGGUUUUUGAUGAGGUUUUGGAAUCAUCAAGGAUAUCAAUACUAGCUAGAGUUUUGGCAACAAGGUCAAUCAACUUGAUGAGAUUAUGA